GAUAACUUUGUACCAUCGCCAACAACGACCUAAGGGCGAAGCAGAUCCGUAUUCGCUGUCCAUUUAUCGCUCCGCCUCUCAACUGGCCAGUAAUUAAUCUGCCUAAGGGAUACGGAGGUAGGCCAAGCAUCAGCUUGUAACUGUAACACACCGGACCAGCAAGACAUGUCUACUCAGGAUGCGCCUCCAUGGCCAUCCCUUUAUAACUUUAUAAUUGAAAUCGUGCCUAUUAUGAACAGGGAUCCUGUUCAGCCUGCAGGGAAAUAUCUCUACGAUCCAGGCGAUAUAUACCGGUUCACGUUGUACUGGACAAUCAUAUUCUACACUCCUGCAUUCAUCUUGGGUGGAUUAUAUGCGUUUCUGAACCUCACAUUUCCCCCUUCCCGUCCUCGCCGACGGUCGCAUAAGAACCGGCCCUCGUUUCCAUUCCAGUACAACUCCUCUUCCUACUCCGCUAUUCCUACGACGGCCGAGAUCCCUAUGCAGUACUUCGGUUCGAAUCUGAGUCCGGAAACAAGUCGUCGGCCUACUCCUUUGAAACCUCGGCCAAAGUUGAACGAACGUCGAUCCCGCUUUGCUUUCGCCUUGCUUGUGUUGUUCGCGUUCCUGUUUUGCGCUAUUGCUGGAGCGGUGGUGGGUUCCGCAAUCAUUGGAUAUGUUUUGGCAGGCUUGUUCAAGACGGCAAAUUAUAACAUGUCGACAUGGGUACCAUUCUUCUUUGGUCUGAUCCAAGCCCUUGUAGGGUUCAUUGCCCUCUGGCCUUCCGUCAUCGACAUUGUAUAACUUCCCCUCCCCGUGAUACCAUGUUCAGACGAUACCCUUUUCCACAUACAGGUGGAGCCAAUCACAUUGCUAUAAUUGUAUGCAUACAACAGAGAAUUCCAUCAGGAUCUUCCGUACUUC